CUGGCGCCUGCGCGCGAUGGGCGCCCGCCGCCAUUUUAUCGGCGAGGGUCGAGCCGAGGCGGCGGCAGCACUGCAGAAUGGAGAACUAUAAGAAGACCAGAAUCGUGGAGAAACCAUGUCCUCUUCCUUUCACCGACCUGCCCCCUGAUAUUAUUGAAAUGAAAGUGAAGGACGGCAGCAAAAUCAGAAAUCUGAUGGGCUAUGCCAUCAGGAAGAUGGAGCAGGAAUCGGUGAGACAGAUCCUUUUCACUGGCUCAGGCAAGGCUGUCAGCAAGACCAUUACCUGCGUGGAAAUCAUGAAACGAAGGCUCAAAGAGCUGCACCAGAUCACCAAAGUGCUCUUCAAACAGAUCGAAGAGAUCUGGGAACCCAUUGUGCCUGAGGCAGGCCUCGAUGCCUUGACAGUGAAGAGAAACAUUCCUGCCAUAUGCGUCCUACUCAGCAAAGACGCCCUCAAUCCUCAGGAGCCGGGGUACCAGGCACCAGGCUCUUUUGACGCCUUCUGGAUCGAGACACUUAAAGCAGAGUCCCAGGGCCAAAUGAAGAGAAAGAAGGGUGGCGGCAGAGGAGCUGGCAGCAUGGGAAAGCACCCUUGGUCCACUGGAGGAGGGCCUGGGGAGUCCUGUGCCAAGUCCUGAGACACUGGCACCACGUUUGGGUGUAGUUUGGGGGAGUUACGGAAACAAGCCAGCUGCUGUAGCUGGAAAGCUGCUGCUGAACUUGCAGAGUUGUUGGGGGAGGGCAGGAGAAGUUAACUGUUUCAAAAUGGAUGUGAUUGUAGCUAUGUGAAACUGUGUUUUGACAAGUUCCCUCGUCAAAGGCUGCCAGGCUGUAGUCCUUAGCCUGCGGUUCAGGGAAGACGGGAGGCGUCUCUGAUUGAGCAAGGACUGUUGAUGUCUUGUCAGUGAGCCCUGGCGAGCGGCUGCUCACUGAGCGGGGUUUCAGCUGCUCGGGGCGAUGCAGCAGCCCAUGCAGCAGCCCAUGCAGCAGGUGUGCAUGCCAGGUGCCUGCUUUUGUGGCACGGGAAUGUACCACUUUUGUGGUACAGAGGAGCGAUGGGACCUGACUUGGAUUUCCCUGGCUGCCACCUGCAUUGCUGGAGCUCAUGUGAGUGGACAGCGGGGCACAGGGCUGGGUCAGCCACUUCUUCUGUGCUUCAAAGUCUAUCUGCUAAGCCCGUCAGGCGGUUUGAAUGUGGGACUGCAGGGAUACAACUCCGUCUGCAAUCGUGUGCACGUAGUGCCCUUUGUGUCCUCCUUUCAUCUUGGUGAUGCUGACGGUUACACCUCUCUCUGCCAAAGUGGCAGGAGUCGAAUCAUGUAACCACCCUGAAGUCCUGUAGCUGCACGAGUGCCCUGGGGUGGUGGUAAUGGUAAGCUCCAAAGGACCCUGUUCUUUCCCUUUUCUUCUCCUUUAUAAUGCACAGAGAUGGGUUUAAAAUAAAGUUUCCUCUUCAUGUAACAUGAAA